AUGGCCGAUUCGCCAGUUAAUUUGUCCCAGUCUCUAUUCACGACUGGGGCGGAAGUCGUCAAUAAAGAAGCGGUGGCCGUAGGUGCUUGGUCUUCUGAUCUUCCCAAAGUCAAAAGAAGCCGGAAAUUGCCUUCAGAUGGCUGGGAGAUGAUCGAACCAACACUGGAUGAAUUAGAUAAAAAGAUGAGAGAAGCUGAAACUGAACCCCAUGAGGAAAAGAGAAAAGUAGAAUCUCUGUGGCCCAUUUUCAAAAUACAUAACAAAAAAACUCAAUAUAUUUUUUACCUCUUUUACAAGAGGAAAGCCAUAAGUAGAGAGCUCUGUGAAUAUUGCAUUAAAGAAGGCUAUGCAGACAAAAACCCGAUGGCAAAGUGGAAAAAGCAGGGCUGGGAGAAUCUGUGCUGCCUAUGCUGCAUUCAGACGAGGGCCACCAACUUUGGAACAAACUGCAUUUGCCGGGUUCCCAAAAGCAAGGUGGGAAUGGGGUGCAGUGUCAAGGGCACACACUGUGGUUGCCAGGGCUGCUCUGGCUGGCACCCUUGA